AUGGACUCUUUUGUCAGAUUUAUUCUACGCAAGCUGCGUGCAGCAGAACAGCAUGAUCACACUAGGCGCGUUAUUGAAACUGCUUCUCAAGCACCCGCAGCAUUAGGGGAAGCUACCAUUCAAAGUUUGCCAUCUGAUCUAUCCACAUCAGGGGGACCCAAGUACCACAACACGCCACAACUACAAGACUUUCGUCGUUUCCUGGAGCUACCAGCAGAGCUUAGACAAAAGAUAUGGCGAAUGGCAACUUUGGUCCCUCAAGUCGUCGAGUUAAUCCAUGAUCGUUCAACAGGUUUGUGCAUGAGCAUCUCUCUCUCUCUUUUGUAUGAUACUAACUUUAAUCCAUAGAACACGGUGUGAUUGCGUCUCCUAGCGGAAACUGUCAUCUCCUCGCAGUCAACCACGAAUCGCGAACGGAAGCCAAAUCCCUCCUGACCUACUUCGAGAAUGGGGAUUCGGACGAAUAUGGACCAGAACCUAUAACUGCUGUCAACACUGCACUCGACACCCUCUGCUUUACAUUCCCCUUUGGAGACCGAGCCACCACCUUACUUGAAGCUCUUAUUUCCAGCCCAGAAGAUCCCGCAUUUCCACUUCCGAAAAGCCGUCGCCAUAGAAGUGUUGCUUUCUCGGUCGACCAUUGGAUGAGAUUUACAACACAUGAGUAUGACAACUUUGGCAACCUCGAGGAUAGAAAACUCAGUCGGGUUCAGAUGGCGUUCAGAUAUUUCGGGGUUGAAGAAGGUCUGUACCCCCAAGCUUCUAUAGCUCUUGCUUUUGGAUAAUUCAACCUGACGUGACGUGACACCAACAACCACCACAGUCUUUCUCAUCAUCAGUCGCCGCACUUCUGGCAACGCCAAGCCAGUUGCCCUCAAAAGCCCAACCAUGAUGCCCUAUGAGAUCAUGAGCCGACCUGGUAAUGAUCCCUUUUCUCGAAACUUGAGAGACUUCAUAACAAGUAGAAUGGUUGCGACCAAUUAUCAAUGCGGAUGGAAUUACCUUGACGCAUCUAUGACCAUGGCCUUCAAGGAUGUUCAUAUGUAG